GGUUCCCUCUGAUACAAGGAAACACCGUAACAGCAACAUGAAGAACCUUUACGCGGUGACUGUGCUGCUCUUUGUGGCUUUCCUUGCUGUGUCCCAUGGCAAGGUGUACCGCAAGUGUGAACUAGCACGCAUCAUGCAGAACAACGGAUUUCCGCGAGAGCAGCUUCGUGAUUGGAUGUGCCUGGUACAGAACGAAAGCGGCUUCAAUACGUCGGCCAUCAAUUACAACCGUCGGGGUACCAUCGACUACGGACUGUUCCAGAUUAAUAACCGGUACUGGUGUGAUUCUUCGUUCGGUUCCAAUGAUUGUAAAAUCACGUGUAAAUCACUGCUGGAUGAUGAUAUUGCGAACGAUUUAAAGUGCAUCAAGCUCAUCUACAAGCGCCAUAAGUUCACGGCCUGGGUUGCAUGGAACAACAAGUGCCAGGGGAAGGCGUUGCCGACAGUUAAUGAAUGUUUUUGAAUUUUUUUACGGCCGUUACAUGCUAGUAAAAGGGGCACGCAUAGCAGAGCAUUGCCUAAGUGGGGUAGUUUUGAGGGACCGAAAUGAAUGAAGGCAAAAAUCCCCGGAUGCUCCGGUGAAUCCCCGACCACGACGACAACACAACAAAGAUGUAAAAGAUCUUCUGGGCGUUAUCGGCGGUUCGUGAGGUUUCCUCGCAUUUCAGAGCACAGUGGGAUCGGUAAUGUUACUUUCGUUCAAACAUGAGACGUUAAUAGAUAAAUAAACUUUUGCCGUAUGUAAA